UUUCCUCCGCUGGCCGGAGUAGAACCUCGUCUGCCGAUUGUGGGAACUCUUUCCUGUGAAAAUGGCGGCGGUUCUCUCUCCGACCCGCUCGCUACCGAACCCAGCCUUGCCUCCGGCCUCGUCCUCCGUCGACUCGAUCCCUUCCUGGAGCCGCUUCCAGAAUUCCUGCUUCCGGACAAGUUAUUUCCCCGCUUCACCGAUAAUUCUUCACCGUCCAUUUCUUCCCUAUCCUCUCUCUCGGCCUGGCCUCUGCCGUGCGGCCUCUCCCGGGCCCGGGGAACCAGGCCCGCCCUCUGAUGACCGCCCGUUGCGGCUGAAAGGUAUUGGGUCAUCUCUUUCUAAACUUACGAGCACAGUACAAAUUUUCUUUGCUGUUCUUUUCUGGAUGUCUUUGUUUUUCUGGGCUUCCGCGUGGGAUGGGAGGAAUAGACCGAACAAUGGCUCGGGAGGAUUUAGGAGAUGAUGCUACUUGCUUCCAUUGCUUCUGUACAUAAUAGAAGAUACAGUGGAGUAGAGUUAGAUGACGAGAAGACUUGUACCUUUCUCCCUGCAUAUGGCAAUCAUACGCUUCAUUGCCAUUGUAGGUCAUUGGUGUUCGGAAACUUACACCAUGAUGUUCGACCAAUGAUGGUUUGGUCUUUGUCUAUCAGUUAAUACACAUAAGAUUUUAAUCGACAUCCACUAUUUGAAAGAUAUUUUUAGAUCGAUCGCUUUC